AUGGAGCCAGCCAAUGGAGAAGGGCCCGAUGGCUCUUCACUUAAGCCGGUAUCCUCAUUACGCGCCCGAUUCGAGAACAUGGGCAACUCGACCAACCCCAACGUCAGCAAACCUGUCGAUGUUCCACCUGCUACAGCUCCAGCUGCCACAGGACCUCCUUCACGACCUAUCUCCCCAGCUCCCAAACCGAACCGUCUGCGUGAUUUCAAGCCUGGACAAGAAGUGCCGCCGGCCAGUCCUUCGACUCCAGCAAUCCCUGCGAGACCAAAACCUAAACCAGCGGUACUGUCUGUGAAUCACGAUGCCCCUCCCCCGCCGACGUCCGCACGACCAGCUCCGACUCCGAAACCACAACCAGUUCAGCUGCCACAACCACCUGCGUCGGCUACGCUUCCAGCUGUGACAGUUCUUCCACCCCAAUCGCCCCCGAAGGGUCGAAUCUCAGCACUAGCAGUUGGAGACCAACCUUCAUUCGUAAACCCAGAUGCUGUUGCGACACCUCCAACACCAACCGGCGGUAGCCGAUCAUUCAAGAUUCCAAGUCGAUCACUUAAUACUUCACCAUCUCUCAAUACUCCCAAGUCUCCUCGCCCUGGCGGUUCGAGGCCACCGUCACCGCCUCCACCUAGACGUUCUGGAGAGCUGAUCAGGACUCGAGAACCCAAGGUUCCUCCACCGCCACCAGCCCCUCGCAAUGAAAAGGCAUUGAUACCUGCGCCUCCCAAGAUCGCAUCUCUUUCUGGGCCAACAGUCAUUGGAAAGGGCGGCAUCUCCCAGGAAAACUCACCGUUUAAUAGUCCGCCAAGUAGCGUGGGAUCUGGGGAGGAGACACCUCCAAAACUACCAACACGACCAAGGCCACAAUCGCACAUUGAACCAAGCAGGCCAAAAUCUGUGGUUGUUGGCUUUGAUCCUCCACCUGUUCAUCAUUCGAUCACGACUAUGAGAAAGGAUCGUGAAGAGGCCAAUGGGUUCUCAAGAGGUCAUAUAACUCCACAGGUAACUGGCGAGCCUCGGCCAGCACUACCAGCAAGACCUGCAAACUUUGACAUCCCGCCUCGACCUCCAGUAAACAACAAUAUUAAUAGCAUGCCACCUCCCCCACGACCACAACGCCCAACUGCAACGACAGCAGUGCAAGCCGUCGAUCCGGCGCCUACUUCAUCACCACCCAAGCGAGUGGUUUCAACCCCUACGACUCAGCAGCCCCAGCAACAGCUUGCAGCUCCUUCACGAGGUCAUGGCAGGUCUAUGACGAUAGAUAGAGCAUCUGACCGAACACCAGCCGAGUUCCGUAUUGCCCCGACGACCAUUGCCGCCCCGAUUGCUGCUGCCACACCUCCAAAGUCUGUGCAAUCUACUCCAGUUGUUGCCGCAAAAAUUGCUCCAAAGGCUGAGCCUAUCCACCACGUUACGACGUAUCCCGAGGCUUCGAACACUAAUCGACGACCACCCUUCAGCAAGCUUGGAACUUAUGAGAUUCCAACAAAGUAUGAUGCAAGAAGUUUCGACGUUUGUGGUGAAUUUAUUUGCGCCAGUGGUUACAUGACAAGAGUGUGGAGUCUCAUCGAUGGCGAGCAGAUUAUGAGCUUACAGCAUACUGAGGGAAUCAAGGCAUCUGCGGUAAGCUUCAAACCUGCAGCUGAUCCGCGAGAAGAAGGCAAGAGGAUAUGGAUAGGUACCAAUACAGGAGACCUUAUGGAAGUCGAGAUAGCGACGCAUGCCAUAACACCGAGCAAGCCAAAUGUCCAUGGUCGAAACGAAGUUGUACGAAUAUUCCGACAUUGGAACGAAAUCUGGACCAUGGACGAAUCGGGAACACUACUCGUAUGGGGACCGGAUGAAAAAGCAGUUGCAAACAUUACAGGACAUCCUACUCAGAGUUACAAGCUUCCAAAAGGACACACGCAUUCCAUGGUCAUCGGGGAUUAUCUUUGGCAUGCGACAGGCAAGGAGAUUCGAGUAUUUGCCCCUACAGUUGAUGGGCGAACCCAAUUCCAAGUGCUCGUUCGUCCCCUGAUAGCGGACAGUGCCGGCGAGGUUACUUCGGGCACUCUUGUCAAAUCACAUCCGGAUAAGGUCUUCUUUGGUCAUGUGGAUGGCAAGGUGACUGUCUACAAUACCAAUGACUAUUCAUGUGUGAUGAUGAUGAACAUCAGCACAUGGAAGAUCAACGCAUUGGCGAGUGCAGGCAACUACAUCUGGGCGGCGUACAACACCGGUAAAAUAUGUGUGUAUGACGUGGAGGAGGCACCUUGGGUCAUUCUCAAAGAGUGGCAGGGGCACGAGAAUCCCAUUGUCAAGAUGGCCGCUGACCCCUCUUGCUCAUAUUUCCUGGACCGACAGCAAAUCAUUUCACUGGGGGCUGAUAACAAGAUCAAGGCAUGGGAUGGCUUACUUGAAGAUGACUUCCUCGAAGAUUCAAUGAAGUCCAAAGAUACUCAAUACUGCGACUUCGACGAAAUACGAGCCCUGUUCUUUACCUGGAAUGCUGGAGCAUCGACACCUUCGAGCCUACGACAUUCUGGUGGCGAUUCUACAUUCUUUCAAGAUCUUGUUCAGUCAAGUGGCUCGCCUGAUAUCCUUGUGUUUGGUUUCCAGGAACUUGUGGACUUGGAGGACAAAAAGUUGACGGCCAAGCGAUUCUUGAAGCCCAAGAAAAAGGAAGCCGGAACAGACCAGGAACGAAUGAGCCACCAAUAUCGGGACUGGCGUGACUUUUUGAUGAAGACUCUCGACGAUUACAUGCCUGCGGACGAUUUAUACCACCUCCUUCAUACAGCGCCUAUGGUUGGGUUGUUUACCUGCGUCUUUGUGAAAGCAACCCUACGCGACAGGAUCAGGGGCCUCCAGGGCGCCGAAGUCAAGCGAGGCAUGGGUGGUUUGCACGGUAACAAGGGCUGUGUUGCCGUACGCUUCCGAGUCGACGACACUUCCAUCUGCCUCGUCAAUUGCCAUCUGGCUGCGGGACAGUCACAAGCGAACGCCCGGCAUAAUGACAUUGCUGCCAUUCUGGAAGCUAAUCUGUUUGCUGUUGAACGAGAUUCUGCUGCUCGCAUUGACAGCUUCGUUGGUGGUGGUGAUGGCAGUCUAAUCAUGGAUCAUGAGCUGUGUAUUCUCAAUGGUGACUUGAACUACCGAAUUGAUACCAUGUCUCGUGAUACUGUUGUCACUGCAGUCAAGCAGAACAAUCUGGGCAAGCUCCUCGAACGAGAUCAGCUUUUGGUCGCACGAAGACGAAAUCCAGCAUUCAAGCUCCGAGCUUUUGAAGAAAUGCCCAUCACAUUUGCGCCAACUUACAAGUACGACGUUGGUACUGACAACUAUGACACCAGCGAGAAGAGACGAAGCCCUGCCUGGUGUGAUCGACUACUAUACAGGGGGCGAGGCCGUGUUGAGCAAUUUGAUUACAAGCGGCAUGAGGUUCGAGUGAGUGACCACCGUCCUGUGACUGGAACUUUCAACCUUUGGGUCAAGAAGGUCGAUCCAAGAGGUCGAGCAACAGCUUGGAUGGAAAGUCAACAGAGCUUCGAAGAUAUGCGGGAGAAAGAAACGUCCGAAGACAAACUUUUGUUCUUAAGGGAUAUUUGCGGCUUUGACGAAGAGACGAGCAAGAGGCUCAUUAGAGAGAAGUCAGCGAGACGUGACAACCGCAGUCCCGUUCGCGCCUAG